GCCCGAUGUUAACCCGGCGAUCCAAGAUGGCGGCGCCCAUGUUUCCCUAAGUCCCGCGGCAGCGGCAGGUUUCCGGUCGGGAGCGGUGUUGGGGUCAUGUUGCGCGCCGCCCUCCGAGAAGUGUCUACAGCACUAAAGGAAGGCCGAGUGAGUCCAACAGAACUUUGUCAACGAUGUUUGUCUCUUGUCAAAACCACCAAAUUUCUUAAUGCUUACAUCACUGUAACAGAAGAUACUGCAUUAAGGCAGGCUGAAGAAUCUGAGAAGAGAUAUAGGAGAGGUCAAUCACUGGGGGAUUUAGAUGGAAUUCCUGUUGCAGUAAAAGACAACUUUAGCACAGCUGGCAUUGAAACAACAUGCGCAUCAAACAUGCUAAAAGGUUAUAUUCCUCCUUACAGUGCUACUGUAGUUCAAAAAUUAUUGGAUCAGGGUGCUGUGCUUAUAGGAAAAACAAACCUAGAUGAAUUUGCUAUGGGAUCUGGGAGCACUGAUGGGAUAUUUGGACCAGUUAGAAACCCAUGGAGUUAUUCAAGACAGUACAAGGAAAAGUGUGGGCAGAACUCCCAUCUUGAGAAUGAAGACUCCAGUUGGCUGAUAGCAGGAGGAAGCUCAGGAGGUAGCGCUGCUGCUGUAUCAUCUUUCACAUGCUUUGCGGCUUUGGGAUCAGAUACAGGAGGAUCCACCAGAAACCCAGCUGCUCACUGUGGAGUAGUAGGUUUAAAACCAACCUAUGGAUUGGUGUCUCGCCAUGGUCUCAUUCCUCUAGUGAACUCCAUGGACGUACCAGGGAUUUUAACCAGAUGUGUGGAUGAUGCUGCAACUGUGUUAGGUGUGCUUGCUGGGCACGAUCCUAAAGACUCUACCACAGUGCAAGACCCCUUUAACCCAUUUGAAUUACCCAAUGUCGUAGAUGUCAGCAAGCUCUGCAUAGGAAUACCAAAGGAAUACCGCAUACCUGGGUUGUCUAGUGAAACUCUGGCAGUCUGGUCGAAAGCUGCUGACCUCUUUGAGAAUGCAGGUGCUAGAGUAAUUGAAGUGAGCCUACCACACACUUGUUAUUCUAUUGUCUGCUAUCAUGUGCUGUGCACAGCAGAAGUUGCAUCAAAUAUGGCCAGAUUUGAUGGACUGGAAUACGGACACCGUUCCAAUAUGGACAAGUCAACAGAAAGCAUGUAUGCUGCAACACGACGAGAAGGGUUUAAUGAUGUUGUAAGGGGAAGAAUUCUAUCAGGAAACUACUUUUUGCUGAAGCAGAACUAUGAGAAAUAUUUUAUCAAGGCCCAAAAAGUGAGGCGUCUCAUUGCCAAUGACUUUGUGAACGUCUUCAGUAGUGGUGUUGACGUUCUGCUCACUCCCACCACUCUGAGAGAUGCAGUUCCUUACAUGGAGUUCAUCAAAGAAGACAAUAGAACCCGCAGUGCACAGGAUGAUAUUUUUACACAGGCUGCAAACAUGUCGGGGCUGCCAGCUGUAAGCAUUCCUACUGCACUUUCAGAGAAAGGCUUGCCAAUUGGGCUUCAGUUUGUUGGACGUGCGUUCCAGGAGCUGCAGCUUCUCACUGUAGCCAAAUGGUUUGAAAAACAAGCAAAAUUCCCAAUCCUUCAACUACAGGAAAUGCUAGAUCAUGCUGAUGCUCUCUCCCAUCAAAAAAUCAGCCUUUCUUCAUAACUUAGGGUAACGAAUGUGAAAAGGAUCUUUCAGUUGGUUUUGUUUUGUAUAAAUGAUAAUCUAGAUUCUGAAAAUAUGCAUUAAUGUAAAAUGGAAUCAUGAAAGCUGUUAGUAUGUAAGUAAAUUGAAGAGAGUCCCAAAUUAAAUUAAGUUUAUAAGAGCAGUGUGUGUACUGUUUAGGAAGAAUGUAUUAACACUGUAACAAUA